AUGGAAAAUUCAAAAGCCAAAAAAUCUACUCCACCUAUACAUAAUAAGAAUCAUUCGUUAACCAACUCAAUAGUUGAUGAAUGCCAAUCAAGUGCUAAUACCAAAAUAUUGCACAGAAGACACACAUAUUCAACAAGGAAUAUAUCAAGAUCUUUACAAAAUUUAAAUCCAAAAAAUAAUGUAUUGGAAGAUUUUCAAACUAUUUAUCACAAUUGGAAUUAUGAAAAGACUUUUAAUAUUAAAUCAUUAAAUCUUAAUAUGAUAGUCUUCAUUUAUGAUUCUUAUAAUAACAAUUCUUUUUUAGGUUACCUACCUAUUCAAUAUAAAUUUCAAAAUCAAAAAAUGUUCUACGAAAAAAAAUGGUGUUACUUACAGAAUACUGAUGUUAUUUCGUAUUCUUCUAAUGGCGUCGAUACUACUACUGAUUUGAUAUCCGGUACUAAAUCAAAUCCAAUUGAAAUCGAAAUUGAAUUGAAAUUUACUUCUUUUCUUGAUGGAUAUGAUGAAGAUAUGGCAACUAUUGCUCAACAUAAUAAUAAGAUACAAUUAAAAAACUCUUCUUUAGAAAUUGGAAAUAAAAUUUAUUCUAUGUCAGAUUUUGUUAUUUUAAAGUUAAUUGGCACUGGAACAUUUGGUAAAGUUUUUUCAAUUAGGAAAAAAAGUUCAAAUCACGUUUUUGCAAUGAAAAUUAUAAGUAAAAAACUAAUACUAAACGAAAACGAAUUAAGGCAUGUAAAAGAUGAAAGAAAUAUAUUAUUAAAGAACUCUAUUGGUGAAUGCCCGUUCGUCGUCCAGUUAAAAUAUGCAUUUCAAAAUAAAAAUGAUUUAUUUUUAAUUACAAACUACUUCCCAGGAGGAGAGUUAUAUUGGUAUUUAAGAAAGUAUAAAAGCUUUCCUGAAAAGUGGAUUCGAUUUUAUGUUGGACAGCUCUCUAUUGCCCUUGACUUUCUUCAUAAAAAUGGAGUCAUUUAUCGUGAUUUGAAACCCGAAAAUGUAUUACUUGAUAGUACAGGAAAUAUUGCAUUAUGUGAUUUUGGUCUUUCUAAAUUGAAUACUGAUAAUAACAGUGAUUUUAGAGCCCACACAUUUUGUGGCACGACAGAUUACCUAGCUCCUGAAGUCAUUUUAGAUGAUAAUGGAUACAGUUAUAUGGUUGAUUAUUGGUCUCUUGGUGUUCUAACCUUUGAGUUAUUCUUUGGUAUAUCUCCAUUUUAUUCAGAGCUUCCUAAAAAAACCUAUGCAAAAAUUUUAUAUAGUAAAAUUACCUUACCAAAAUAUUCAAUCUCAUUUGAAGGUCGUAUCUUUCUAAAGGCAUUAUUAAGGAGGAAACCUCAAUUUCGAUUAGGGAAUAAUGGUGGGCUAGAAGAGAUAAAGCGGUCACAAUUUUUCAGGGGAUUUAAUUGGGAUGCUCUCAUAUGUAGGAAAAUGAAACCCCCAAUAAAGCCACAGACAUGCUGGUCUACUGAAUUCAUAGCAGAUACUCAGAAAUAUUCGCCCUCUUUUAUGGAUAAAGAAAAAAGAAAUAUUUAUCGGGUGUUAAGAAUAAAAUAUAUUGUGAACAGGAUGAGCAAGGCCAGUUUGCAGGUUUCAGUUACCACGGGGACCAUAUAUUACAUUCUAAUGGAGGAUUUUUAA